AGGUUUCGAUAUAGGAGAAGGGCAAUUACGUCAUCCUGGGGGAAGAAUGCUCCCGAACUUGCAAAAAUGGAUAACGAGUGCAUUUCGGAUUCCGGAUAACAAAAGACCUUCGGGCCUCUCGAGCGUCCGCUCAGAAACUUCCCCAGGUUGAUGCGCUUUGGCUCGCGACGAUGGUCUCUUCCCUCUCCUAUCCAUUGCAGACAUGCAAACUGAGAUCAGCAAUUUUGGGUGAAAGAAGUGGCAUAUGCAUUUCUUCUGUUCCUGUAACUCAUGUUGGAUUCAUGAGAAGCAAUAUAGAAUGUAAGGAAUCUCGCAUAGGGAAGCAGCCGAUUGAGGUGCCAAAGAAUGUGACAAUUACAUUAGAGGGCCAGUCUUUGAGAGUGAAAGGUCCCCUCGGAGAGCUUUCACAGAUGUAUCCACGAGAAGUGAAAGUUGAGAAGCAAGAGUCCGGAUAUCUCAAGGUCAACAAAGCAUUGGAAACUAGAAGGGCCAACCAAAUGCAUGGCCUUUUUAGGACGCUAACAGAUAACAUGGUUGUGGGAGUAUCUAAAGGGUUCGAGAAGAGACUUCAGUUGGUCGGAGUGGGGUAUAGGGCAACGUUGGAGGGCAGGGAUUUGGUGUUGAGUCUGGGGUUUUCCCAUCCCGUCAGGAUGGCCAUUCCCGAGGGCAUACAAGUGAAAGUAGAGGACAACACCAGGAUCAUCAUCAGUGGUUAUGAUAAGUCUGCCAUUGGUCAAUUCGCUGCUUCAGUCCGAAAGUGGAGACCUCCAGAACCUUACAAGGGGAAGGGGGUGAGAUAUGUGGAUGAAGUCGUCAGAUUAAAGGAAGGAAAGUCAGCGAAGAAAAAGUGAUGGCCCUAUUUCUUUUUCUUCUCGUUUGUAACUUUUUUUUGGCCGAAUUCAUUUGUACGCCUUGGAAGUAAUCUGAUAAGGUUUUGCUUAGUAAUUAUUUGUCAAAAUACUAUCUCAUUGUGUUCAUCCUUACGUGUUGCUUGGAUAAUUUGGUCAUGGAUACAACUUUACUUGAUUUCUUGUUUC